GAAGUGACGUGUAAAGUGUAUUCGUCGGCGCCCCACAGUUUUCUAAUAACCCACAAGAAAAAGCUCAAAAUGAGCUCUUUCAAACGCGACAAGAAAGAAGAAGAGGAUGGCAGCGGCAACCCGUACCAGAACCUCGAUAAAACCAUCGUGCUACAAGAAUCUCGAUACUUCAACGAGAGUUCGGUCCAUCCGCGAAAAUGCACGCAUAUUUUGUCGAAAAUACUGUUCCUACUCAACCAGGGAGAGAAAUUAACUACCCAAGAAGCUACCGAUGCAUUUUUCGCGACCACCAAGUUGUUCCAAUCUAAAGAUGUUAUGCUGCGUCGUAUGGUAUACUUAUGUAUAAAAGAGUUGAGCAGUAUGGCUCAGGAUGUCAUCAUAGUGACAUCUUCGUUGACUAAAGACAUGACUGGCAAGGAGGAUUUGUACAGGGCGGCGGCUAUCAGAGCCCUGUGCAGUAUUACGGACAGUACGAUGCUGCAAGCCAUCGAGAGAUACAUGAAACAGGCUAUUGUGGACAAGAAUCCGGCGGUGAGCUCAGCGGCUCUGGUGUCUGCGCUGCACCUGUCGUCGAGCGCCCCCGAUCUGGUGCGCCGGUGGGCCAAUGAAGCUCAGGAAGCCAUCAGCUCCGACAACGCCAUGGUGUCGUACCACGCGCUCGGCGUCGUCGCCGGCUCGCGCAGGAACGACAAACUCUCCACCGUCAAACUUGUCACUCGUCUCGCUCGCGCCCCCCUAAAGUCCCCCUAUGCCCUCUGCCUACUUAUCCGCCUGGCCGCUCAGUUGGUGGAGGACGACGAAUCAGACGCGUCACAACCUUACAUCGAGUUUAUUGAGUGCUGUCUUAGACAUAAGUCAGAAAUGGUCAUUUACGAGGCUGCCCAUGCGGUUGUGAACCUAAGGAAAACCGCUAGGGACCUAGCCCCGGCUGUAUCAGUCUUGCAACUAUUCUGUGGAUCUUCCAAAGCUUCUUUAAGACUGGCUGGAGCUAGAACUUUAGCCAGACUUACCGCUAAACAUCCCACAGCAGUCGCAGCCUGUGCGGUUGAUUUGGAGAACUUGAUUUCAGAUCCGAAUCGCUCUGUAGCUACUCUAGCGGUCACAACUUUGCUAGCUACUGGUGCGGAGAGUUCGGUAGACAGACUGAUGAAGCAGAUCUCUAGUUUUGUAUCGGAGAUCUCUGAUGAGUUUAAGAUUGUCGUAGUAAGAGCUAUAAGGCGAUUAUGCACCAAGUUCCCAAGGAAACAUCAAUCCCUUGCAGCAUUUCUGGCUGGUAUGUUAAGAGACGAAGGAGGUUUGGAAUACAAGGCGGCUAUAGCGGAUGCUAUUAUAGCACUGGUCGAAGAAAACCCAGACGCAAAGGAACCAGGGCUAGCGCAUCUCUGCGAGUUCAUUGAAGAUUGCGAGCACACGGCUUUGGCCGUCCGUAUCUUGCAUUUGCUCGGCCGUGAAGGUCCAAAAUCGCGUCAACCUUCGCGUUACAUACGCUUUAUUUACAACAGAGUUAUUCUUGAAUCCGGGCCGGUAAGGGCAGCUGCUGUGUCAGCUGUUGCUCAAUUCGGAGCUCAAAGACCCGAGCUACUUCCCAAUAUUAGAGUCCUGCUUUCAAGAUGUCAAAUGGAUGAUGAUGAUGAAGUACGUGACAGAGCUAUAUAUUACUCCGCGAUUUUGGAUACUGGUGACCAGCAACUUAUCAACGAUUACAUCGUGAAUGUCCCCAAGCCGAAUCCAGUACUGCUUGAGCGUGCGUUGCGCGAUCAUUUGGCUACACGCCCUGAAGAACCUUUCGACAUCAUGGCUGUACCUACAGAGGAAGAACCAAAGGAGAGUAAGGAGGCUGUCGUUGAAAUUGAAGUCCGUAAGCCUGCACCAGUAUCUAUCGAGGAGUUGUACUCCGAGCAACUCUCGAAACUGCCAGGAAUUGAGCGUCUCGGUCCAAUCUUUAAGACAGUUCCUCCAUUUGACUUAACAGAAGCAGAGACUGAGUAUCGAGUCCGUCUGCUAAAACACAUCUUCGCCAGACAUGUUAUCCUACAGUUUGAGUGUGUCAACACCUUAAAUGAUCAGCUGUUAGAGCAUGUUCACGUACGUCUGGAAACGCCACCGGAAUACGAGGUGAAAUCCAUCGUACCGUGUCAAAAGCUUGAAUACGACAAACCUGGAAGCGUGUUUCUUAUCUUAGAAUUCCCAAGCGCUUUCAUAGACAGCUUGGGACUGUUUGGAGCGACUUUGGAGUUCACAGUACGCGAUUGUGACCCCACAUCAGGAGUUCCUGACUCCCAUGAGGGUUACGCCGAUUCAUACCCUCUAGAAGAGUUCGGUAUAGGUUGCAGCGAUCAGAUCAGAGCGCGCCCAGCGACGGAUGAUUGGGAGCAGAUUUGGGAUAGGGCUGCGAACGCACCAGAAGCUAGCGACACAUUUGGUCUGUCACAGAACAAUAUAAACGAUGCCGUGUCUGCUGUGUGUGAACAUCUAGGUCUGCCCAAAGCUUCAGUGUCAGGGGAUGCUGUAAAGGAGAUUAGGGCGCAGGGUAUAUUUAGGGGAGGGGCGCCAGUGUUGGUCAGGGGAAAGUUGGUUGCUGGAGGGGAAACUGUCACUAUGAAGCUUGCGGCGCGGUCGCCGAGAGAGGAUGUAGCACAGCUGUUACUGGCUGCCAUUUAGAUUAGAUA